AGAUGACUAGUUCAGUAGGUCGACAACCAUCGUAGAGAGAGUAUAUCAACCGAGUCCCACCACCAUGAAGGCGCUACGACUGGUCCCGGCGCUGCUGUUGCUGUGGGCGGGCGGGGCGAAGGCAGCCUCGUGUCCCAACCUCCAGCUGAUGAAGAAUUUCUCCGUCGAUAAGUUCCUGGGCGUGUGGUACAUGGUCCAGGCGGAGGACAACAUCUUCCAGACGCUGAAGAGCUGCCUGGCGAGCACCUUCACGCUCCUCGCCGAAAACAAGAUCGAGGUGAAUUCGAAGGGCUUGGACUCCUCGGGCGCGCCGGCCACCACGCAGUCCACCAUGGAAGUCGACCCCGAGAACCCGGCUCAUAUGGUGACGGAUUUCGUUCCCCGGAGUAUUCCCCCAGUUAAACCUCCCUUCGAUAUCCUGGACACAGACUACGCCAACUACGCGUGUGUCCAUUCCUGCAUCUCCGUGGUUGGCUUCAAAACCGAAUUCAUCUUCGUAUACGCGAGGAAUCGAACGCUGGAGACGAAGCUGGUGGAACACUGUCGCAAGCUUUUCGAGAGUAAUGGGCUCAGUACCACAAACCUGGUGGAUGUGCCUCAGAGCAACUGUGAACGUUCUGAACUCUGACUAAAUGUAGUGGCCUGUUCUGGACUAUGAGGAUAAAAUAAAAUGAAAAAAAA